GGUAUUUAUGUGGUCGGAGCUCCAUGGCAACCGGGACACUUUAGAAACACGGAGCUCAGGAAACACUUUGGAGCAGAAGAUGUCCCCAUCGGGAAGUUGUGACAGAAGUGAGGAACACGUCUUUAUUCCAUGACUGUCUGCCAACAACUCCGGCAGGAUACAACAAAGACAGCAUGACAUCACUAAGGACAAACAUAUCGCCCAACCCCUAACUGCAGGCCUUCUGGGUGAAAGCCCUGGUCCUGAGGUCCGCCACACACAGCGACAUUUGUGGACUGGAGCCAAAGAAGAUGCCUUCAACAAAGAUGAUCAAGCACAAAGAGGUGGAGGGAAAAACCAAACCUGUCAAGCUCAAACCUGCCAAGCUACAAGUGGCCCCCGUGCGGCAAAACCGAGCGGCCAGCUGCCUUCGACUGACGCAAAAGGAGGCUCACUCCCAAACGGCCUGCGAGCGCCCCAGCAGGUCCAGAUCCACCGCGACCCGAGCGAGACUCGACUGGGCUCAGCAGGACGCCGCCUGUGAUGUAAAGUGUACGGAGGACGGCGAGUGUGCAGGACGGCAGGGACGAGUCGGUGUCCAGAAGCUGAGAAUUCACAGCCACAAGGCCUUCACCGUCAUUCCCCCAAACCCCAAGAAGAGAAGAGACAUCCAGAAAAAGGCGAAGGCGGAGUUGGCGGCUUUGGAGGAGCUGAAGCUGAGCAGAGCCAUGGCGUACGUCAACAUCCAGUCGAGCACCGUUGGGGGGUCUUUGACUCUGGAGGAAGUGCGAAUGAAGCAGCAGCAGGAAAUGAUGCAGACCAAGAGGAAGCAGAAAGUGAAGCGUUGUGAUGUGACCAAGGCGUCCUGA